AUGUCGAUCAACCGGGAGCCGUUCGUCUGUUGCAUACUUUGUGGAAUAGAAGUUGCCUUAUAUGACGGACGAGAAUUAAGGGAAGCGCAUGAAGCAUGGGGCGCGUGGGCAGCCCAAAAAUCCAACAAGGAAAAGAGGCUCAUAGUGCCUGCAUCCGAGGUUGAACAGUUGGAUCUGGAGACGGAUUUGCCGAUGUGGGCUUGUUUUUACCGUGCAAUCCUCGAUGAUCCAAAGCGUGGUCGCCUUACGAUAUCUGGAAUAUCUCCACACAUCAUUAUGGAAGCAAGGAAGGAGAAGCACCCCGCUCCCAUAAUGACCGACCCCGAGAAGGCCGUAUUCUUUCCUGGACCUCUAACGGCGCAUCCGAAGUGGACCGUGAAGUUUCAUAUGGCCAAUCUCUUCGAGACGGACUGGAAUAGGGAGAACGGGGAGCGUGUGGGAUACACCAUGCACCCGCACUGCUGGCUCCUAGUGGAUCGGUUUCUGGGUCACGACAUCGUGAAGCAGGACCUGCGAGCAUUUGUGCAAGCCAUCGAGACGUAUUGGAGAGCUGACAGAACGCUUUGGAUGCCGGAUCUCCGUCACCCCACUCGUGAAUAUCCCUGUUAUGACAAUGCGGCACCCUGGAUUAGGCAAAACUGUCCGCCAUGUUCUGCAAUGCCGUUAGACCGCAGCCAUGUGUCCGCGAGCCCACUUAUCAUUCGGGAUAUCCAGAGUUUGAGUACGAGGGCAACGGCAGCACACGAGAAAUCCCUUGGCCACGCCGCGAAGCUGCGUGCUACUGUCGCUAAUGUCCCUGCUGAAAUCAUAAAGACCAUUAUUGAUACGAUCUGGCAGAGCCGUCCACCCUGUCGCGAGAGGAUCCACGAUGUUCGCAGCGUGAUGGAGGCAUUUCAAUGGAGACUCCCUGAUUCAUACUGGCGGAGCCGCUGCAGCCCGGACCUUGUGUUUGAGGUGCAAGACUUGGUCAAAGCAGGGACGCACAUCGACUGGGCAUACUUCUGUCUUGGGCUGCACGAGCUGUUGUUGCAAGAGGACUGGUAUUGCAAUAGUGGGUUGUAUUUUCGAGGCCGGAUCUUGCAUCUUUUGGAAUGCAUCAAGGGGGAUGUUUUACGGAGUUCAGUACCUGCAGACGAGCAGGUUCUCGAGGACCAAGACUGA